UAAAACACUUCCGCUGCGUUGGUAGUCGCCAUCUUGAAAAAGCCGCAAAAAAAAAACUGUGGUAUUUUCUGAGACAAUCGGACGUAUAACGUAAGUUUUCUCAAUAAAAAUUGUUCUCAACAGCCAGGUGACGUUUAUAUGUUAAUAUAAAAAGGGUAUUUAGGUUCAUAAGUCAGCCAAAUGACUCAAUAUUUGCCACCUAAUUUACUCGCUCUGUUCGCUCCGAGAGAACCCAUACCUUACAAGGGACCGGUCGGUAAGCUUCCAUGGGAAAAGGUAAUAAAACCGUAUAACGGUAUCGCGGAAUAUGUAAAGUGUUUUGAGGACCCAAAAGAUACACCGCCUCCAACUAGAAUUGAAACUCGUGAAGAAAGAGCUGAAAGGAAAAGAAAGGAACGCGCUGAAACCGCCGCUUACAAAUUAGAACAGGAUUUAGCGUUAUGGGAUCCUCACAGUGAUGCAAAUGCAACUUCAGAUCCCUAUAAGACUCUAUUUGUAGCUCGGGUAAAUUAUGACACUUCGGAAAGUAAGUUAAAGCGUGAGUUUGAACAAUACGGACCAAUUAGAAAAAUCAAUAUCGUUUACAACAAAAAGAAUGGUAAUCCAAGAGGUUACGCUUUUAUUGAAUAUGAGCAUGAGAGAGACAUGCAUAGUGCAUACAAAAGAGCAGACGGUAAGAAAAUUGACGGUCGUCGAGUAGUAGUAGAUGUGGAGCGGUCAAGAACCGUAAAAAACUGGAGACCUCGUAGGCUUGGAGGAGGAUUGGGCAAUACCAGGAGGGGCCCAACUGAUAUGAAUAGCUGCAGUAGAGCUGAGGACAGUUCUGAGAGGCGUGAUAGAUCCAGAUCACGAUCUAGGAAACGUCGAAGCCACUCCAGGUCUAAGGAACGCCGACAUCGUAGGUCUCGGUCUCGUGACAGACGUCGUCGAAGUAGAUCUCGAGAUAGAAAACGGCGUAGAUCAAGAUCACGUAAUAGAUCUAAAUCAAAAGAUAGGAGAAAGAGAGGGAGAAGCCGUGAAAAUGGUGCAACAGAAGUGGAGGAUGGAGAAUAUGUCGGUGAUUAUUAG